CAUAGCAGCGUCAAACACUUACCUACCCACACCCUUGUAUAGCUUAGCGCGGGGCCGGUUAGCCCCGAACGUAGGAUGGCCCCAGCGUAGCGUUUAUUUCUAGACUGAGACGGACGUAUUGGACACAUGUCGCAGCAGAGCACAGACAGCACUUUGGCUCCGGCCUUCUUCCAUAUUGCAACGCAGUGCGGCAGCGUCCUGAAGGUGUUCUGCCGGGGAAAGCCGAAGGAAGCCAAAAAGAGCCUCCAGCGCCUCGCCCAAGAACAUCCAAACAGCUUUCUGCCCCACCGAUACUUGGCACGGCUGCUGUAUCAUGAGAGUGCACGCGUAGAGGCAGACCAACAGGGCGCAGCGGGCACCAGACGUUUGGCGCUGCUGCACAGCGCGCUGCUUGAGGCGAAGCAAGCAAGCGAGCUCGCGCCGGGUUCGCUCAGCUCAGCGGCCCUUCGCGCAACUUUGCUUGUAAAUCUGCUUGUGGAGGAGUCGGCGCUGCAGGGAGGCCUUGCUGUGGGCCAGGAACAGCCGCCGCAGCCAGCGGAGCGCUCGCAACCAGCAGCUGUUGAGGGCAGCAGUGUUGCUUCGGGCAUAACUGUGUCCAGCGAGGUUGCAUGGUACCAGCUGCAGCCGGAGGCGCGUUGCGAGGCGAUAAAACGGGAGUUCCGCGACGCAAUUGCACACUGCGUCAGGACCCUGGAGUGCAGCUCGCCGCUGCUAGUCGAGCCAGUUAUCACGAUCUCGGAUGCACACGCGCGUACAUGUGAUCCGUGCUGCCUGAGGGUGCAGGACAACAUCGUGGAGUGGGUAAAGCAGGACAACUGGCAGCGCAUCGUCGCGGAGAAGCGGAGCGUGCUGGCGUGCAUGCACCAGGUGCUGGAGAGCUGCCACACGCUGCUGGACAGCACCCACAUUCCCGUGGACGGCAUUGUGCGCCUGCUGCAGCACAUCCUCAGACCGCACCAGCAGGACCUGCAGCUGUGGGCCAGCCAGCUGCUGCUGAGCAAAGGCAGCGUGGACGACCUGCAGCACAAGUUUGAGACGCAGGCGGCGGUGACGGAGCUGCUGCGCAUGCUGCGGCCAGGGAGCCGGCCUGGAGAGGAGGGGCCCCUGGGGGCGCUCCCACCGCCGCCACAGGGAAUGCCCGCGGCUGUACCGCUUCUUCCGGUAGCGAUGCAGCAGCAGGCGCCGCCCCAACAGCAGCCACACCAGCCUCAGGCUCAGCAGCAGGCGUACAUGCAGGCGCCUGCGCAGCAGGUGAAGCCCGCCAUGCAGCAGCAGCAGCAGCAGCAGCAGCAGCAGCCCGUGGCGCUUAUGCAACAACAGCAGCAGCAGCAGCAGCAGCAGCAGCAGUUGCUGCUUCAGCAGCAGCAACAGCAGCAGCAGCAGGCACACGCCCAGCAGCAGAUGCGCGCUGCGGCACAGGCGCACGAGCUGCCGCCGCCUCCUCCUUCGGGACGGCAGGUGGCCAACGCCGGGGCCAUCGUCCCCCAGCCACCUCAGCCGCAGCAGCAGUUGGCGCCACCCCCGCCGCCGCCCGCGCAGCAGAAUCUCGCACCUUGCUUGUCGGCGGAGCAGGAAUGGGACGAGGUGCGGGACGGCGGCGGUGCGGCUGGCAGCGCCAGCACCGGCGCGGCAAACGCAACAGGGGCGGCGCGGCGGGCAGGCGGCAAGGCCAAGAACAAGGCCAAGGGCGGUGACACGGCGCGCGGGCCUCGCAAGGAGCGCAGCCGCUACGAGCGGUACAUGGACGUGGAGACGUUCUGGCGCUCCACCACGCCCGAGCAGCGGGCCGCGCUGCUCAAGGUGCCCAUGGCGGCACUGCUGAAGAGCGUGCGGCGCGACCAGGGCAACGACGCGGUGGACGAGCUGAUUGAGGGGCUGGUGCUGCUGCGCGAGCAGGGCAACCGCGCCGCCUGCUACUGGCUGUGCCCGGUGUGCGAGCAGAAAUUCCACAGCAGCCGCGACUUCCUGGGGCACGUGGAGCUGGUGCACGAGGGGCUGGCUGUGCAGGACAACAAGUACGUGUGCUGCUACAAGUGCCAGCAGGACGUGGUGGGCAUGUACUACACCAGCACGCGCACGCCCGGCUACAACCUGUGCUUUCGCUGCUACGGCGCGGACGCCAACAGCGCCAACUCGCCGGAGGCGUUUGAGAAGGUGUUCAUGCGGCCGUCGGCGGGCGGCCGCGCCUGGUCGCACGACGACUUCAUGAGCACCCGGGACUCGUUCAGCUCCCUCAGCGAGCGCUCGCACCGCCACGCGCUGCAACAGCAUCCGCAGCAGCCCCAGCAGCAUGCCCAGCAGCAGCAGCAGCCGGGCGCGCACGCGCAGCAGUACUACCAGGCGGGGCAGCGGGGCGCUGCGGGGUCGGGGCACGUACACUCGGCGGCGUGCCGGCACCAUCCUGACUGCCCGCACCAUGGCCACGGGUUGGAGGCUACGUCUGCUCAGGCCAUGCUCACCUUCGGAGAGGCGUCGGACGAGUGGCUGGCGCCGCUGCCGGCGUCCUCUAUCUCGGCGCCCAUGUCCAGCGCGAUGCCGGACCCUCGCGCCCACACCCCGGGCAGCCAUCCGUCAGGGGCGGCUGCCAGCGCGGCUGGGAGGCGGCGCGGCGCCAAUUCAGGCAGCGGCGACGGGGCGGACAGCGGGGACGACGUGGUGGGAGCCGACUCACAGCUGCACAGCCGCAGCCUGAGCGAGCCGCCGAACGGACCGCAACCAGGCGGCGCGGGGGAAGGCGAUGACGGCAGCGAGGGCGGCGGCAGCGGCAACGCCACGUGGCGGUCCUGGUGGCCGUCGCGCCUCAUGUCGGGGUGGUCGGGCAAGGGCCAGCAGCAGGCGCAGCCGCCGGCACAAGGGCCCGGGCCAGGAGGCGCGCCCGGCCAGGCGGACGAGUCCACAGGCAAGGGCGGGGCGGGCAGCGGCGGGCAGCGGCACGAAGCAAGUGGGCAGGAUGAGCUUGAUGACGACAACGGCUCGGACUCAGCAGACAUUGUGCUGCCGCCGCCGCCCGCAGGCGCCGCCAUUGCUGGCGGGCUGGGCGCGGGCGUGAUGAACGGCAUGGUCGCGGAGCUGAUGGCGCGGCUGCGCGAGAUCUACCUCACCGACCGCGACCUUGGCGACAUGUCGCUCGGCUCUAUCACGCAGUUCGUGUACCGGAAGCUGGGUGCCGGCGCGGCCGCCGACGAUGCCGCGCUGGCGGCCUGCCCGCCUGGCCCGCGUGCCAUGCUGCUGGAUUUCCUGGCGCAGCCGUCCAUCGUGUUCCAGCGGCCGCAGGCGUUGGCCGUUGUGCUGGGGCUGCUUCCGCUGGCGGACCUGCAGAUGGUGGCGGCAUAUGCGGUGCGACAGCACGAGGAGGCGGUCAGCGGCGCGGAGGCGGCGGCGCGCGACAUCGCGGCGGGCAGUGAUGAGGAGGACGGCCUGGCGCUCGACGGCGGCGCGUUCGGGGACGACAGCGCCAGCGGCAGCGAAAUCAGCGAUAGUGACGAGUUCCGCUUGGAGCGGGCGGCGGCACGCGAGGCGGCAGCCGCAGCCGCGGAGGCCGCCAUGGCUGCUGCCGCGUCCAACCACACGGCCGCAGGCAUGCCACGUGCUCGCCGCCGGCUGCGCUACACCAGCCGCCGGGCGGCGCCGCCGGCUGGCAGCGGGAUGGGCCAGGCUGGCGUGCCGCUGCCCCACCAGGCCGGCGCCGCUCCUGGCACGCCGCCGCUGCCACCCCACGGCGGCGGCGCGUACGCCGUCGGCGGCAGCCACGCGCUGAACUUGCGCCGCACCGACGAUGACGGCAGCGCAGAGGAGGUGUCAGAGGAGGAGAUGGCCUCUGCCGGCGACGGCGGCCUCGACUUCCCUCUCGGCGGCCCCGAGGCGCCCGGUGACCACCACGGCCGGCAGCAAGCGCAGCAGCUGCGUGGCCCUCAGGCCCAGGCGCAGCACCCGCAGUACGACAGCCACAGCGCGCAGCGCGCAGCGGCGCAGCAGCAUGCGCGCCAGCUACAGCAACUACGCCACGCGGGAGGUGCCGGCAUGCACGGCCUCGCCAACGCGCGCGGCGGCCGCAACGCCGCCGCCGCCGCUGACGGCUCCGGCCUUCUGUGCGACGGCGAGCGCAGCCUGGGCGGGGGCUCGCUGGCGGACGAGGGCGACGAUGUGACGGAGGAGGAGGUAGACGCACGCUGCGACGAGGGCGGCCUGUCGGACGAGGACGACGGCGUGAGUCUGGGGCCGGAGGAAGACGAGGAGGAGGACGAGGAGGAGGACGGCCCCUGCGUGUCGCUGUUCGUCGUGUCGGGCGACGUGGAGCUGGGCUUCGACCGCCUCAUCACGCAGAUGUGGGGCGGCGGCGCCGAGAGCGAUGACGCCGCUGGCCAGGGCCAGCUGGAGGCCGGCGCUGCCGCGCUGCCGCUGCCCGCACCGGGUGCCGGCAAGGACCGUAGCGGCCGAGGCGGGCAGCAGGGUCAGCAGGGCCAGGGCUCCCGCGGUGGGCGGAACGCCCAGCAGCAGUCCGGCGGCGCUGCGCGACAGCUGUCGCCGACCGCCCGCACCGCCAAUGGCACCGCCGGUGGCUCGGCUGUCGGCAGCGCCGGUGCCGCGAGCGCACUGGCGCUGGCCGCCGCUAACGGCGACGACACGGUGGCGGCGGAGGAGCUGUCCGGCCCCCGCGAGGACGAGCCCUACCUGCAGGUGGCCGACUGGUGGCUGCAGCACCUACGCCUGGAGGGCCCCCCCGCCAACCCCAACCAGGCCCAGCAGCUCGCGCAGCUGGCGGCCCCUGGCUCGGCCGAUGAGAUGCGCGUGCUGCGCUGGCUGUACGGCAACAUCAUUAACGUGCAGGCAGAGGAGUUCUGCGCGCGGCAGCGUGAGCUGCGCGGCGGCCGUGAGCGCGACGUGGCCAUCCUGGAGCUGUACGAUGAGGUGGCGGCGGUGUGGCGCAGCCUGCAGGCUGUGACCGACAAGCGCUCGCGGCUGGAGGCGCUACGACGCGCCGCGCGCGGCCACUUCGCGGUCGUGAAGCGGCUGGAGGAGGCGGGCGGGCACGCCACGCUGGAGCAGGCCACCGAGUUCCUAGACGCCGUGCUGUCCGGCUACUGCCAGGGCCAGCAACAGCAGCAGCUCCUGCAGCAGCAGGCGGCGCAGCAGCAGCUGCCAGCUCCACCUGCGGCGGCGGCUGACGGGCCCGCCGGCGAUGAGGCGGCGGCGAUGCCGCCACCCCCCGCCAACGGCGCGCCGGAGCAGCCUGGCACGCCCACCACCUCGACAGAGGGUGCCCAGCAGGGCGACGGCUCCGCGCUGGGAGUCGCACCUGGUGGCGCAACGGCGGCAGUCAUGGCUGCUGUCACUGCCGGCGGCGCCGGCGGCCCGUCCGGCCCACUGCUGUACCUGUGCGAGCGCGCUGUGGAGGUGGUUCGCCGCCACCCGGCCCUGGCGCAGGAGCCCAGCCAGCGCUACGCGGCAGCACUGCUGGAGCGUGAGCUAUCCGUUCUGGCGCUGGUGGAGGUCAUGGUGGCGGCGGAGGCGGAGGAGGCGGCGCGCGAGCGCGGCGUGGCGGAGGAGAGCCUCAAACGCCACCGUGCGGAGCACCGCGAGGCGGAGGCCGAGUACCAACGCGUGCAGGCUGAGGGCCCUGCUAGCCACCGCAAGAAGGACCUGCUGGACAAGGCCACCAAGGAGGCCGAGCACCGCGAGCAGCUGCGUGAACUGGCGGCGCGCCUGGCCUCGCUGUCGGACAGCAUUGCCGCGGACGAGGCCAGCAAGACCAAGUGGGCCGACAAGCAAGAGGAGGCUGAGCGCGAGCUGACGCACGUGCGCGACGCCAUCCGCCAGACCAGCGCCCGCCGCGCCUCCCUGCUGGAUGUGUGCGCCACCCUGGACGUGCCCUUCGCGCCGCCACCGCCGCCGCCCCAGGCAGCCGUCGUGGCAGCCGCCGCCGCCGCCGCCGCUGCUGCUGCAUCUAGCGGCCGCGCCAUGCUCCCUCCCGCCGCCCCCGACGCAGACGAUGACACCGCCGCCGGCACCGCUGCGGCGCGGCACGGCGCCGCCGGCGAUGCAGUCGCCGCCGUGGGCGCUGCCGGCGUCACCGCCGCCGGCGUGGCGGCCGCCGCCGCCGCGGACAUGGAGUGGCGCACCACGCGCCUGGAGUGCCUCAUGUACCGCGUGCUGUGGGUGAGCGAGGCCGUCAAGAUGUUUCAGGCGCAGUACUCGCCGCGCCAGUCCACGCACCACUACGACCUCUUCAUUCGCGCCACGCACUGGGCCAAGCAGCUGAGCGAGGAGUACGAGGAGUCUAUCCGCGCCUACUGCUGCGAGCUGGAACGCCUGCGCGCCCGCCUGCGCGACGUCGCCGCCGUCGACCUGGGCUACGAGAUCGGGUCUGCGGCGCUGGAGGUGGCGCGUCGCCGCGUGGAGGCGGCGGCGCACGCCGCGCGCGAGGCCGCCAGCCUAACGCUGCUGAAGGAGCUGGAGGAGGAGGAGGAGCGGCGCAAGGCGACGGCGACGGGCAAGGACGGCAGGGACGCGGGGGCAGCCCGGGACGCGGGCGCGGGCAAGAAGGCGACUGCCAACAAGAAGGCCGCAAUAAAGGCCACCGCCGCCGACCUCAAGAAACAGAAGGAGCGCGAGCGCGAGCUGGCAAAGCAGGCAGAAGAAGAGGCCCGCAAGCGUGCAGAGGAGGAGGACAAGGAGCGCGUGGCGGCGGCGCGGCGUGCACGAGAGGCCGCCAUCGAGGCGGAGCUGGAGCGUCGCCGGCGCGAGCUGGAGGAGCUGGAGAUGCAGCGCGAGGCGGAGGCCAUCCGGGCCGCCCAGGAGGUCAGUCUGCGGGAGCAGCAGCUACGUGAGCAGCGCGAGCGCGAGGCACGGGAGGCGCGGGAGCGGGAGGCAAAGGAGCGCGCCGCCGCGACCGCCCAGGCACAGGCAGCGGCCGCGGCGCAGCAGCAACAGCAACAGUCGGGUGCCAAAGCUAACGCUGCGCCGCAGCCGGUAGCUAAGGCCAAUGCUGCUCAGGGCAAGCGCCAGGGCGCAGCCGACGCAGCGGCUCAGCAGCAGCCGGCGCCGGCGGCCGGCAACAAGCGGAGUACAGCCUCCGCUGGCCAACGCGGCAAGGGUGCUGCCAACGCGGCUCAGCCACAUGCCAGCCCCGAGGCACCCGCUGCUGUGCCCGCUUCGGCUUCUGCCUCGCCUCCUCUGGCUAAUGGCGGCCGCGUGCCGCCUGUCAAGGCUGUCGCAGCCACGGCUGUCAUCAGCGGCCCUGCAUCGGCUCCGUCGUCUGCCAAGGCCGGGGCUGGCAAGCAAGCCGCCCAGGUGCCAGGGGCGGCGGCAGCUGGUGCUGUUGUAGGCGAUGCUGCGGCGGCGGUCGCCGCGGCAACGGCGGGCAUCAGCGGCGGUAACGGGGGCGGCAACGGUAACGGCGGCAAGGGCACCGCUGCCCAGCGUGGCAGCCCAAGCAAGGGUGCCCCUGCUCAGGCAGCUGCGGGCGGCAACGCCGCUCGUCGCGCCGCCCAGCAACAAGCGAGCCAGGCUGGGCAGCACAGCACCCAGGAUUCCGCUGGGCAGCAGCACAUGGCGCACGGCGCUCCUGGCCCUCAGGAAUCGGCUGCCGCCGGCCCCGCGGGUGCUGGGCCGCUGAGCCCCGGCUCCGAGUUCCCUCCCCUCUCCGCUACCGGCGCGCCAACGGCUCAACACCAUCGCGCCUCGCAGGCGCACUCACAGCAGCAGCCGCAGCACCUCCAGCAGCAGCCUGGCAUGCAUCUGCCGCUCAACAUGCCGCAUGGACUACCGCCCCAGGCACAGCAGCAGCAGCACAUGCAUCCGAGCAUGCAGCCGCAGGCGCAGCAGCAGAUGGGCAUGCAGCCGCAGGCACAGGGAAUGCCACAGCCGCACCAAAUGGCGCCUCCCCAGGGCUUCACUGCCGCCCAAGCCCAGCAGUUGCAGGCGCAGCAGAUGCAGGCCCACGCCGCUCAGCAAAUGCAGGCGCAUGCUGCUCAUCAGAUGCAAGCGCAAGCUCAGGCGCAGGCCCAGGCGCAGGCGCAGGCGCACGUCCAGGCCUACGCCGAGGCGCAGGCGCGCCUGAUGGUCCUGGCACAGGUGCCGGCAGCGACUGCCGCCGCCGUCGCGGCGGCCGCUGCCGUGGCUCAAGGCACGCCUGCGCCUGCACCCAGCGACCUCCAGCAGCAGCAGGGGCAGGUGCUUCCCUCGGAGCACCUGCACGCGCAGCUGCGGCAGCAGGCGGCCGCGGUGCAGCACGCGGCGCUGCGGCAGCAGAUCCAGGCGCAGCUGCAAGCCCAGGCGCUGCAGCAGGCCCAGGCCCAGGCGCAAGCCCAUGCCCAGGCGCCGCUGUUCCAGCCCACGCCUCGCCAGCUGGGCGGCGCCGGCGGGCUUCCGGGCAUGCCCGGCGGGAUGCCCGGCAACGGCUCGGCCAUGUUCGAUCCCUUCGCAGAGAACCCCCUGCUGCGGGCGCUGUCAGCCAUGGAGGCCAAGACGCCGCCGCCCGUGUCGCCCAACACGGCCAUGAACCCAGCGGCGGCCCUCGCCGCCGCGGCGGCAGCCGGCCUGCCCGUGCCUGGCAUGGCGCCCAACGGCGGCGCAGGCCAGGCGGCAGGUCAGGCACCAGCGCCGGGCGCCGGCGCCGGCAGCGUUCCACCGCAAGGCACGCACCUGCACGCGGGGCACGCGGCGAUGGCGCCUGGCGGCGGUAACGGCGCCGGCCCCGACCCCUUGCUGGCGGCGAUGCAGGCGUCCGUGGCGGCGCACGGCUCCACAGCUGCGGCGUCCGCGGCUGAGGCGGACACGCACAUCAUGUCCAUCAUGUCCAUCCUCGAUCAGGACGGCGCAAGCCCCAGCCCCAGCGCUGCAACAGGCAGCGGAAGCUCUGGAGGCCGACCCGGCUCGUCCAGUGCGGCAGGCGGCACCGGCGGCGCCGCGCGCGCCUCACCAGGCAAUUCCAUCGCACCCGGCCCUGGCGGCGGCGGCGCGGCUGCCGGCAGCAGCACCGCCAGUGUUGCCGCGUCGGUCAGCAGCAGCCCGCAGCGCCCGAUGCUUCCUCCGGCGCCGCCGCCGGGCCCGCCAGCGUCCAUGUACGGCAAUGCCUUCGGCAUGGGUGGCGCCGGUGCGGACGGCUCCCCCGCCGCGGGCAACUCGUCUAUUAGCGCCUCGCCGGCACGCCCAGGUGCUGGCGUGGGAGGUGCCAGUGGCAUGCCUCACCUUGCGAACGGCGGCAUCCCGCCAGUUCCGAUGCCCGGUGGCGCGGGUGCGGGUGAGGGGCUGCCCGGCCUGUCGUCAGCAGCAGCGGCGGCAUUCAGCAGCGGUAUCUGGCGGCAACAGGGCGGCGAGCAGCUGGGAGGCAACGGCAUGUUGGGCUUGGGUCUGGGCCUGAGCGGCAUCGGCGCCGGCCCCAACACCUGGGGCACGGCGGGCCUUCCUGCGGCCGGUGGACCCGGCGGCUCGGCGGCCAACGCUGGCAGCCGCCCCGGCGGCCCCGGCGCCUCGUCGCCGCGCCAUGGCAGCACGGGUGGCGCGGCCGACUGGGGCUCAAGCGGGAACGGCGGUAACGGCGGCGGCGGCGGCGGCCACCGCGACAACCUGGACAUGGACUCGCUGGUGGCGGCUUUGCCCAGCUCGCUGCUGCCCAGCAGCCUCGACGCCGACCCCGCGCCCUCCACGCCGGCGAACUCGGGCCUCGCAGCUACCGCCGCGCCCUUCUACCCCGCCAGCCUGCGGAGCAAGGGCAAUGGCGGCCAGCCCGGCCAGGGCCAGGGCCAGCAGCAGCAACAGCUGCACAUGGGUAGCGGGCCGGGCAUGAUGCACAUGGGCGGCCCCAUGGGCCCAGGCGGUGCUUUCUCUGGCGACGGCGCUGCCGCUUGGAUUGGCGGUAUGGGGCCGGGCAAGCCGGGUGCCAUGAACCCGGCGGCAGUUGCGGCGAUGGCUGCGGCGAACGGCAUGUUGGGCAACGGCCCGCACGGCGGGAUUGGGCCGGGCGGCAUGGGCGGGCUGCCGGGCGGCAUGGGCCCAGCGGGCGCGAUGCGCGGCUACGGCAUGGGCCUGUACAGCGGGGACGCAGUGAAUUGGUCGGUGGCUGGGAUGAUGCAGGGCGGCGGAGGCGGCAUGCCGCCGGCCAUGCGCGGCGCCGGCGGCUGGGGCCCGUUCGGCCCUCCAGGCGCUGGUGGAGUACCGGGUAGCCAGCAGGUGGGACAGCAAGCGCAGCAAGGCACAACGCAGCAACAGCAGCAGCAGCAGCAGCAGGCCUCUCAGGCAGGAUGGCCGCGCGGACAGCGCUGGCGCAACUGAGUAUACCGUAGCGCAGGCAACGUUGGCUUGGUUGCAGUUCAGAGAAGGCAGCAAGGUGAUUGGAAUCAACUGCAGCAGGCGCCUUGUAAAUGGAAGGCGUAGCUGGUGUGUGUGUGAUGGUGGGUUGUUCUCACUGUGUGGGUGAUGGGACAGGGUUUAGGCAGGUUGGCGAGGUCCCGUAGGGUGCAGCUGACGCCCAUACCCUGUGUCCUGUGUUACGGAGCUUCAACAGCACUAGGCGGGGCGCAAAUGUGAUGUGGCAUUUCGAGCACCCAUUGGGGAUGCGCACGCACGAACUGCAAGACCUCUUUAGGGCGCCAGGGUCGGCGGCAUCAAGAGUGAGUUGCCGCUGUCCUGCUUAUGCGUGUUUUAUAGUAUCACUGAAUUGGAUGGAACGCCCAUCCACGUACUGACGCGUGCACACUUCGGCGAUGCACGUUAAGGGCCUGCGGGCGCAUGUAAAAAUGCUUGAGG